AUGUCCAGCGAAGCCCACUACAUUGACGUCGCGACGCCCAAGGCCGGCGCCGACAUCCUCGUCGAUGUGCCCAAGAUCACGCUCGAGUGGAAGAACGUCUCCAAGGUCGUCAAGAUCAAGAACACAGCCACCAAGCAGGUCGAGGACAAGGUCAUUCUCAACGAUCUGAGCGGUAUCGCAGUGCCUGGCGAGCUUGUCGUCAUGAUGGGACCAUCCGGCGCCGGCAAGUCGUCGCUCCUCGACGUCAUCUCGGGCCGGCAGAAGGACUACACCGGGUCGGUUUUGGCCAACGGCCAGAAAUGGACCAAGCAAAUGAACAAGUACGCAUCGUACGUCAUGCAGGACGACGUCUUCUACGAGACGCUGACCCCGAUCUACAACGGCAAGGCGUCGGACGCGGUCGAGUACUUUGCGUCGCAGGGCUACCAGUGUCCCAACUACAUGAACCCGACCGACUACUUUAUGCGCCAAAUGAUUGUGCUUGACACCAAAUCCGAGGCGGCUGCCCGCGUCGACAAGCUCGUCGCCAACUGGCGCGCCCGCAGCCACGCGAUCGGUAACAAUGGCGACGUCAAGGACGACUCGGAUGGCUCGAGCGACGCCAGCGACACGGUGUACGAAAGCUCGCACCUCGGCACGUUUGGUUCGAUGCGCGUCCUCUGCAAGCGCAACGUGACGCGCCUCGUACGGGACUCGCUCGCGUUUAAGGCGCGCCUCGGCCAGAGCAUCAUCAUCUCGGUCGUCGUCGGCUUGAUCUUCCGCCAGCUGGAGCUCUCGCAGACUGGCAUCCAGUCGUUCACGGGCGCCAUCUUCUUCAUCGUCGUCAACCAGUUUUUCAGCGCGACGACGCCCGAGUUUGCGUCCGUGCCGCUUGAAUUGCCCAUCAUGAAGCGCGAGUACAACGGUGGUCUCUACCGGUCGUACGUCUGGUACAUUGCCAAGAAUGUGAGCGAGCUCGUGAUGCAGUUCUUCUUCCCGCUCAUCUUUUUGAUCCCGGUGUACUUUAUGGUCGGCUUUGGCGCGUCCAACGCCGGUCUCUUCUUCACGUUCUACCUCUUCAUUGCGCUCCUCUCGAGCUCGGCGACCGGCCUCGGCUACAUGGUAUCGUGCAUUGCCAAGACGCCCGAGAUCGCGCCGAUCAUCGGCAUCCUCAUCAUCCUCCCGUUCCUCAUCUUUGGCGGUCUCUUUAUCAACACCAACAACGUGCCUGUCUACUUUCGCUGGCUCGAGUUCAUCUCGCCGAUGAAGUACGCCUUCCGCGGCAUGUGUCGCGCCUUCUGGAACUCGAUUGACACGAUUCCUUGCGAUGCGGCUGUCGAGAGCUGCGUCGCGACGACGGGGGCUCAGGUGCUCGCGAACCUCGGCCUCGACAAGAAGAGCAUGGGCUACGACAUUAUCUUUUUGGUCUGGAUCAACCUUCUCUUCCGCUUCAUUGGCAUUGUGGCGCUCUGGAUCACGCUCCGCAAGAAGAACUAA